AUGGGGUCCCAGGUGCUCCAGAACUUCCACACGGACUGUGAAGUUGCCAUCAAUGACCUAGUGAACAUGGAGCUAUAUGCCAACUAUGUAUACCUUUCAGGGGCCUACUUCUUUGACAGGGAUGAUGUGGCCUUAAACCACUUCAAAGAAUUUUCAAAGAAUCAAUCUGAUGGGAAGCUGGAACAAGCUCAAAAGUUCCUGACAUACCUAAAUAAGAGAGGAGGCCAUAUUAUACUACAAGACAUCAAGAAACCAGAGCGCGACGAAUGGAGAAAUAGCUUAGAAGUCCUAGAAAUAGUCAUGAAGAUGGAAAAAAAAAUAAACCAAGCCCUACUAAAUCUGCACAAUCUGGCAAUGGAAAAAAGUGACCCACAUCUUUGUGACUUCCUGGAGCGGGAAUAUCUAGAUGAGCAGGUGACAAUUAUCAAGUGUCUAGGAGAAUAUAUCACCAACCUAAGGAGGCUGGGCGCUCCGGAGAGUGGAAUUGGAGAAUACCUGUUUGACAAACUCACCCUUGGGGACAGCCACUGA